GCAGCCUGACGCUGCCUGAGGGCAACAGCUCACGUUAUGCAUGCGGCCUGAGGCCCGAGGGGAAGGAGGCAGCGAACACAGGAAAGAGCAAGAAAGCGGGCGGAUUGAAAGGCGGUGGAAAGAAGACGGGGACUGUUACAGACCGCUCCAUCCUUUGUGCUAGUUGCAGGGCCGAGGCUUUGCAGACAGGCUGCUCGCCAGCUGUGCAGCGAGCAAGUUUCCCGCAGCCUGACGUUCUUCGCUGCAUUCUGCUGAUCAGAGCCCUGUCUGCAAUCACACCGCUUCCAAGAUGAGCUCCCAAAAAUCUCUGGGCGACUUCUUCCAGCUGCGGAAGCCCCGUGGGGCCGCCGCUGGCGGCCGGAAACAGUCGAAGCUCAGCCAGAGCAGCCAGGCCGCCAGCCGGGAGGAACAGAAAUCCGCUCAACCGGCAAAUGAUGGGUUUCUUGAGGCAGAGUUGGAUGUGCGGCAAGCGACAGGGAGGGAGGGGGCGAGCUUGGGGUCCGUGGGGGCAUACGGGCUGGAAGCAAGCGACGAGGACGAGGUAGACCCCGCGGAGCAGAUGCUUCGGGACUUCGAUCUCGACUACAAGUUCGGGCCGUGCCUAUCCACCACGCGCUUAGAGCGGUGGGAACGGGCGGAGCGUCUCGGGCUCCAUCCCCCUAAAGCAGUGAAGCAACUUUUACACGCCGGAGAGAGGAACGAGUGCCUGUGGGCCGGACGAGUUUGAGUUAGCGUGCUUCGGAUUGUCUGUACAUAUGCUGCUUCGCACCAACUUUCAUACGAGCUUGCUUGAACAUGGAUUUGGGUAUUCCACAAACUCUUUUGCGGAUCUAGUAUUUUGCGCACUUAUCAAAGAAAACUCUGACCCUUGAUUCGUGUCUAACAAACCGUUGAAAGCGCAUUGAAUCCAUGUGAGCACACGAAGUUGCGUAUAAUGCUAUUAAUGCCUGAUAUAUUGCGUCAGCUGCAAAGUCACGUAUAAGUCAAACACCGU